CGAACUUUUUCAAACAUGGCUUCCAUUCGCGGUCCUUUAACUCCACCUGAUGGAUAUUCUAGAUUUAAUAAUGAAAUUAAUAAUCCGACAGUGUCAUAUGGAUCUAGCAAUAUCAAUCUGCCUCUCAACGGGGACACCUCCACCAUGGGCAGUAGAUCUAGUCUUAACCGCGACUUGACGGGCUGUGAAAAUGAUAGUGACUAUUGGGAAAUGAAUUAUCACGAAGCCGCUAUAUAUUUAGAGGAGGGUCGUAGAAAUGAAAAAUUUGACGCUCACCCGCGACACGUGUCCGCAUUACCAGCCUAUAAGCUUGUACAUUCCACAUGGUAUCACUUAGUAGAUUUAUCAGCUGCCAUAGCUCUCCUGGUUUUAGCUGUAGCAGAAGAGCCUGCAGCAGAAAGAUUCAGAGUACCUAUAGCAGUACAUGGAGUUUUAGAACUUUUAAAUUUGACUGUGAUUGGUGUAAUGUUAUUUUUAAAGCUGAGAUGGAUUGGUUGGAAAUCAAUACUUAAUCACAAAAGGACCAUGAUAAAAGGAAUAACGUUAGGUGUGAUGAUAAUAGAAGCCUUAGUUGUUAUUUUGAGAAGUACAUCACAUUUCAGAGUAACCAGGGCUUUUCGACCAAUGUUUCUAGUAGACACUAGGGCAUGUGGAGGAGUUAGACGAUUUGUUCGACAAGUUCUUCAAUCAAUGCCUCCUAUUUUGGAUAUGUUAGGACUAUUACUAUUCUUCAUAACAACAUACACCCUCGUGGGAUAUUUGCUAUUUUCUUCACAUAUCGAUCCGAGACAUUUUGGGUCGUUGGGCGACAGUUUUGUUAGCAUGUUCGUCCUUCUUACAACUGCAAAUUAUCCAGACGUGAUGAUGCCUGCUUACUCAUACUCUUGGUGGUAUGCGAUAUUUUUCGUAUCUUAUUUAGCGAUUGUGCUUUACGUCUUAAUGAAUUUGAUGUUAGCCGUUGUUUACGAAGCUUUUACCAGAAUCGAAAGAGACAAAUUUAAAGCGUUGUUACUGCAUAAGAAGCGAGCUUGCGAACUUGCACUUCCUCUGCUUCAGGAGAAAAAUGGAAAUGGCAUCAAAUUUGAACAUUUCAAAGGAGUUAUGAGAUACUAUGCACCAUACAAAAGGCCGUUAGAAGUUUUACUUAUGUUUUUGUCUCUGAAUACGUCGAAUACCGGUCUUUUAUCUCCCAAAGAAUGGCUUGGAGUUUAUGAGGCAUGUAUGCUGCAUUGGAAGAGGCAGGGCGAUUCAUUGCCGUGGUUCUACACCGCAGCAAAACCGCUCAGAAUUAUUGGAGAAUUGGCGCAGAACAUCGUCAAAAGGAAUUUGUUCGAGAUCGUAAUAUAUUGCUUAUUAGUAUUAAAUGGUUUGUGUAUGAUUUUUCAAUUAUGGCGCGGAGUCGAGCUCUUGAAUUCCGGCCAAGCAACAAUUGAGGACGUCGCUACAUAUUUUGCAGCGGAUGUGGACAGCGCUAUUUUUCUAGCAAUUUUUACUCUUGAGGGUAUGAUUAGAAUGCUGGCGCUAGGAAGUAAUGUUUACUUUGCAUCCGGCUGGAACGUGUUCGACUUUUUUGUGACAAUUUUAGGAGUGAUGGGUGCCCUGUUCAUGAGGCUUGACCCAAGUUUAGUUGCAUUAGCAGUUCUUAGACCCUUGAGACUGAUGCGUUUAUAUAAACUGAAGAAAAGAUAUCGAGAUGUUUUUGGAACAUUGGUAUUGCUUUCGCCUCUUAUGUGUUCAGCCGCCCUAGUCAUGUUAGUUUUGUACUAUUUCUAUGCAAUAAUUGGAAUGGAAUUAUUUGCUGGUUAUGAUAUGAGAAAUUGUUGUGUGAAUACUUCAGUAGAAGAUUUUUUCAAAUAUUCAGCAAAUUCAUCUACGCCACUAGGAUACUAUUACUUAAAUACUUUUGACAAUAUCUUAAGCAGCAGUUUGACUCUUUUUGAAUUGACAGUUGUUAACAAUUGGUUUAUUUUAAUGGAUGGUUACGCAUCAGUAGCAGGACAACCGAGCAGAUUAUUCUUUAUGCUAUUUUAUUUGUCGACCAUGAUUGUAUUAACAAUUGUUGUAGCUAGUGUCCUAGAAGCUUUUAGGUUCAGAAUACAAUACAAGAGAAGCACCAGCAAAAGAGAAGAGGAAAAAAUGUUGCAUGUUGAAGUACAUGUAACAUGGUCAAGACUAGCCGGUCUAUUAACUUAUCCACCGGUUUUGACGGAGUUGGAUGAUACUAAUAAUGUUCACUUAGGCAUACAGACUGAAAAUGCACAAAAUAAUACUACAACAUUUACUGGUUCGCGUCCUAGAACUCGUGAAGUUUUCCAAAGAAGAAUGUACAGUACAGAAAUUAAGCAGUGGCUGGAAGACACGCAAAUGAAUCAUUUGAAUGAUAUACAACAAAAUGCAGCCCCGAACGAAACCAUUGAACAACCGAGACAUCAACCUACUGAUACAGCAAGGCUUAUUGGAACCCAAUAGUAAGAGAAAUGAGAUUUUAUAGUUUUAUAGUGCAAAAUUGAUCUAAUCAGACAUAAUCUACUAUAUUCUUUUCGGAAUAAUAGAAAAUAGUAGUGACGUUUUUAAUAGCUUGACAUAUUAUUAUUUACAAAACCUUCAUAAUUAAAUAAUAAUUUAAAACAUUUGGUCAUCAGUACCAUAAUAUCGUUCUAAAACAAGUUACCUUAAUUUUAAGUUUUAAAACUCUGACUUAUUUAUUCUUAUUUCAACUAC